GGGUGCCAAUUAAUAUACUGCUCACAAGCGAUCCCCUAACCCGUUGACUGUCGAUAUAUAACCGCACCCACACUUUUCAGAGACACCAUUGACAAACAAUCAACAUGUUCAGGCAGACCACAGUAGUACUCGUGCUCGCUUUGAGCGGUUACGUUUUGGGUAACACCGCCAGGAGUGGUGAAGAACUAGUCAGCACCGUUGUUACAAAUUGUGCUGAUAUGGGAUGUGUAAAGCAAGAAGUUCUUGGAUAUUUAGAUAAUCUUUUGAAUAUUCAAAGCGAAUCCGCCCGAGAUAUGAAGAACGUCGAUGCCGCUAUUUUCAAAAGGGCAGCCCGAGUCCUCAACACUCACGAAAUAAGAUAUAGGAUGCCAGAAAUGAUCUUCGGAAAGAUGGAUAUGAUCUACAACCCGAAAACCGGAUUAGAUCUCGAAUCAAGCGACGACCAAAGUAGAGGAUUACUUAAGAAGAAACUCCUUUUCCCAGCUUUACUCCUCCUAAAAUUGAAAAUGAAAGCUUUGAUGCCAAUUAUCCUCGCUAUCGUCAAGUUCAAGGCUAUCAAAGCCCUCAUUCUCAGUAAAUUAGCUAUCGCUAUCGUCUUAGGAUUCGUUAUCUACCAAUUAGUGUCCAAAUCUGGUAUGCCUAUGCCAAUGAGCAUGACCCCGAUGGCACCACCAGAACCUCCAAUGCCCGUAUACGGAGCCCCAAUGACAUCCACCCCCAGUUCCUACGAACCAGGUUGGGAACCAUCCGGUGGCCCAUAUGCUAGGAUUUGGAACGGAAACUCCGCAUCGGAGAAUGGAGCCCAAAAUAUGGCUUAUUCCGCUUACUACCCAGGCAGUUCCACAACGAUUCGACCUUAAAUUUUAAUUAAAGGAUCAAAUUACGAUAUGAAUUUUAUUUAUUUUUCACUCUGUUAUGCCUGUAGUAAAUUAUUGAACUUUAAUAAAGGUUAAUGAUUUUAA